CUCAUGCUCUGACUGACACAGACAGCUCCUUCCAUCCUCAUCCUUCUGCAACCCUUAUCUGGACGUAUUUCCUUGUCCUUUCUCCCGUCCUUUUCUUGUCAAUUUCUCCCUCAAUUCCAUCCCCGCUUUCCAAUAUUCCCUCCGCCCCACCACCACCAUCACCACCACCACCAAUCAUGCUUCACUCUCUUCUCCUUCCCUCCACCACCACCACUCUUGUUAACAACCCCAAUUCCACUACCAUGAACGCAAACGCCUCCAAACGAUCCAUCUCCGACUCCGCCGGAGAAAACAACGAAGUCGCCGAUGAUCACCACCAUAAACGACGGAACGUAGAAGACAAGGGGAUUGAUAACCAGGAUGAUCAUGAAAUCAUUGUGGAAGCGGAAUCGUCUGGUUUAAGACUUUUGGGAUUGUUGCUACAAUGCGCCGAGUGCGUAGCGGUUGAUAACCUAGACCACGCGAAUAAUCUCUUACCGGAGAUAGCGGAAUUGUCUUCUCCCUUCGGUUCUUCGCCGGAACGUGUGGCGGCGUACUUCGCCGAAGCUCUACAGGCGAGGAUUAUCAGUUCGUAUCUCGGAACGUAUACGCCUCUCGGAAUCAAAAAAUUAGCCCUAGCUCAAAGCCAGAAGAUCUGUAACGCUCUUCAAUCCUACAAUUCGAUCAGUCCGUUCAUCAAAUUCUCACAUUUCACAGCGAAUCAAGCGAUUUUUCAAGCUCUACAAGGCGAAGAUGGCGUCCAUAUCAUCGAUCUCGACAUAAUGCAAGGUCUUCAAUGGCCUGGAUUGUUCCACAUCCUCGCUUCACGACCUCGCAAAAUCAAAUCCCUCAGAAUCACCGGCGUCGGAUCCUCCAUCGAACUUCUAGAAGCCACCGGUCGUCGUCUCAACGAUUUCGCAAACUCACUCGGCCUCCCCUUCGAAUUCGUUCCUCUCGAAGGUAAAAUCGGAAACAUCACUUCAGAUCUAACGACUCAACUCGGAAUCAGAUCCGGCGAAACGGUCGUCGUCCACUGGAUGCACCACUGUCUCUACGACGUCACCGGCAGCGACUUUGCAACUUUACGACUACUAACCUUACUAAAACCCAAACUGAUAACAAUCGUCGAACAAGAUCUGAGCCACGCCGGAAGUUUUCUAGGCCGGUUCGUGGAAGCGCUCCAUUACUACUCUGCCUUGUUCGACGCCUUAGGCGACGGCCUGGACUCCGAAAACGUCGAACGGCACACGGUGGAGCAACAGUUGUUCGGUUGUGAGAUCAAGAACAUCGUCGCCGUCGGCGGACCAAAGAGGACCGGCGAGGUGAAGGUUGAGAGAUGGGGAGAAGAACUGAGUCGGGUCGGGUUUAGACCCGUUUCAUUAGCGGGUAACCCGGCCGCCCAAGCGAGUUUGUUGUUGGGAAUGUUUCCAUGGAAAGGGUACACAUUAGUGGAGGAAAACGGUUGUUUGAAAUUGGGUUGGAAAGAUUUGUCUUUGCUGACUGCCUCCGCAUGGCAGCCGUCGGAUGCUGAUUAAAGUCAACGAUUAAGUUUGAUCAACGGUGGAGAUUAGUCAACUUGCAAUAAUAAAAUCUAAAAUUGUAAAAAUGCUUUUUGUUUAUUUUUUCUAAAUUGUUCUUUUUGGGGGGAUGAACGAUGAUUAUUCACUUCUCACGUUAUAAUAAAAUUUUGAGACUUUGAUUUUUAAGUC